AUAUAAAAGAAUUUUCCUCAAUUCUCCACGGGGAAGACUUCGUAAGUUAGACAUUUUUUAGUCUCCUUCUAUCUAAACAGUAGAUUACAACUAAAAGAAAGUGAGACGAUAUAUGUCGCUGAUUGCAUCGCUGAUUCCUAAUUCAUAACUGUAUUCUUUCGUAUUGCAUCGCUGAUUCCUUCAUAACUGUAUUCUUUCGUAUUGCAUACAUUUUGUAACUAUCAACAUCUGUAAAAUGGUCGUGAACACACCAAAAAUAAAGUUUUACAACGGCAACGAAGUACCGGUUCUCGGCAUUGGCACAUACAAGCCUGAAGAAGGACAAAUGAUGAAACCAGGAGAAAUUACACAAGCUAUAAAAGAUGCCAUUGAUAUUGGCUACAGACAUUUCGAUUGCGCUUAUGUUUAUGGCAACGAGAAGCAAAUCGGUCAUGCUAUCCGAGCGAAAAUAACUGAGGGUGUCGUGAAGAGAGAAGAUCUAUUUAUUACCAGCAAGCUGUGGAAUACCUUCCAUAAGCCCGAUUUAGUUGAACCAUCUAUCAAACAAAUGUUAACUGAUUUUGGUCUUGAUUACAUAGAUCUCUAUUUAAUACAUUGGCCAAUCGGAUUCAAAGAGGGUGAGGAAUUUUUUCCUAAACACUCUGAUGGUACUCUUGUUUUCAGCGAUGUAGAUUACGUUGAUACAUGGAAAGCUUUAGAAAAAGUUUUGUCUAAAGGCCUGACAAAAAAUAUCGGUGUCAGUAAUUUUAAUUCCAAACAAAUUACCAGAUUACUCGAAAAUGCAACAGUUAAACCUGUUACAAAUCAGAUCGAAUGCCAUCCAUAUUUAACGCAAAAUAAGCUGUCAGAUUUUUGCAAGCAAAAGGACAUUCUUAUUACAGCGUACUCUCCACUCGGAUCGCCAAAUCAGAGACCAUGGGCCAAGCCAGAUGAACCAAAAUUGUUGGAAGAUAAGAAAUUAGUUGAGCUCGGGCAAAAGUAUAACAAGACACCAGCACAAAUACUUAUUCGUUAUCAACUGGAUCGCGGCCAUAUAGUAGUACCUAAGUCAGCUAACAAGUCACGAAUGGCUGAAAACAUGAAGGUAUUGCACUUUAAGCUUUCAUCCAAAGAUAUUGCUUAUAUUGACAGCUUUGAUUGCAACGGAAGGUUUUAUUCAGCACCUUGGACAAGCGCUAAUCGUUACUAUCCGUUCAAUAUCCCAUUCUAAUUAAAUAAGCAAGUGAGGCUACGAUACAUCUACGUUAUUUCUGUUAUCAACUUUUAUCAUUAUAACACAAUUUCCAAACUACUAUUAAUUUAAGCAUACAUAAAUAUUAUUCGUUUCUCAUAAUUUAUAACUAUAAUAAUAUAUUCUUAUAAAUAUAAAAAAUAAAAAUUU